AUGUCCACCAUCCAAGCCGUGCUACUAGAUGCUGAGGAGAAGCAAGUGAAAAACCGAGGUCUAAGUGUUUGGUUGAGGCAACUCAAAGAUGUCUUUUAUGAUGCGACCGAUGUGCUGGAUGAGUUCGAGUGUGAAGCUCUAAAGAGACAAGUGGUGAAAACAUAUGGAAGUACUGAGAUCCUUAAAUCUGCAGGUGGUAAAAUUAGUGAGAACAUGAGUAUGGAUGAAGUGCAAGCCAAUUUACGAAACACUUUGAAGGAAAAGAGAUUUUUUAUUGUUUUAGAUGAUGUUUGGAAUGAGGAUCGAUUUAAGUGGAAUGAUCUAAAGAAUUUGUUAAAUGAAGGUGGCCAAAGAAGUAAAAGUGUUGUGACUACACGUAGUCACAAAGUUGCCUCAGUGAUAGCUCCUGGACCAAUUCACAACAUAAAAGGCCUUCCUGAGGAUGAUUGUUUGUCGUUGUUCUUAAGAUGGGCAUUCAAUGAAGGAGAGGACAAACAAUAUCCCAAACUUCUGGAGAUUGGAAAACAAAUUGUGAAAAAAUGCAAAGGUGUUCCUUUGGCUGUGAGGACUUUAGGAAGUUUACUUUAUUCUAAAACCAAUGAUUGUGAUUGGAUCUCUAUAAGGGAUAGUGAGAUAUGGAGACUAAAGCAACAAGAUGAUCACAUCUUACCUGUGUUAAGAUUGAGUUACAAUCACUUGCCAUCACACUUAAAACAAUGCUUUGCUUAUUGCUCUUUGUAUCCAAAGAAUCAUACAUAUAGGAGUACUGAUUUGAUUCUAUCUUGGAUGGCAAAUGGACUCCUCCAAAAGUCUAGCCAAAGUAUUCAAGAGUUGGAAGAUAUUGGACUACAAUAUGCAAAAGAGUUAUUGUCAAGAUAUUUCUUUCAAGAAGUUGAGUACUAUGGUGAUUUGUUUACAUUUAAAAUUCACGAUCUUCUACAUGAUCUUUCAAUAUAUGUUGCACAAAAUGACUAUUGUUUAAUUGAAAACACGAAUAACACUAACAAUUUUGAAACGGCUAGGCAUGUGUCAAUUUUGGAAAACAAUUUGGGUGUUGAUGAAGUGACGACAUUUUUACACAAGUUAAGCAAUAAUGUGCGAACUGUUAUUUUCCCAACUGGAGAUGAACGCCCUUUUAAUAUUGAUAAAUCCUUGUUAGAAACAUGCAUUUCAAGGUUUAAGUAUGUGCGGCUACUAGAUUUAAGCUUUUCAAGGUUCGAAGUGUUGCCAAGCUCCAUUAGUACUUUGAAGCAUUUGAGAUAUCUUAGCCUAAGGGGUAAUAUGUUGAUCGAGAAAUUGCCCAACUCCAUUUACAGCCUACAAAAUUUGGAAACUCUGAAGCUAGCUGGCUGUGAAAGGCUUGAAGAGUUGCCUAAAGAUAUAAGGAAUAUGAUCAACCUCAGAUAUUUGUCAAUAACCACAAAACAGACAUGUCUGCAAGACAAUGGAAUCGAGUGUCUGCGUUCUCUUCGAACUUUGAUCUUUUACAAAUGUUCUAGACUAGAGUGUCUACCUGAAGGGAUCCAAGGCCUCACUGUCCUUCGUAAGUUGGAAUUCAGAAGUUGUGGAAGCCUAAUCUCUUUGCCGCAUGGUAUGAAAAAGCUAACUGUGUUGAAAAGCCUUUUAAUCUUCUGUUGUGGAAAGCUUAAUUUGAUGGAAGAGAAAGACUAUCCAACAAGCCUUCGAUCACUCCAAAUCAGUGCAUUGCCACAGCUAGUGGCUCUACCACAAUGGCUUGUAGGAUCUGCUUGCACUUUACAAUACUUAUGUAUUAAUGGUUGUGACAACUUGGUAACAUUGCCGGAGUGGCUUCAAGAUCUCAAUUCACUUCAAAAACUUAAGAUUUGGGCCUGCCAAAAACUAACUUCUCCGCCAGAAGGGAUGGAUCGCCUCACAGCCUUAAGAGAACUGGAAAUUAUAGGUUGUCCUAAAUUGAGUAGAAAUUGUGAGCGAGAAGUUGGCGAGGAUUGGACUAAGAUAGCACAUAUCCGCAGGUUCAUCUUGAUUGAUUUGAUAUCAAUUCAGAAACAAUACGCAGCAGGGAAAGUCUCAAUCCAGUUGAAUCCAGAGAUUUGUGUUUUUCUUAUGUUGACAAUAAGUCUAGACCCCAAAUUCAACUUUUUUGGAGAAUAG